CGGGAGGAAUAAUGAGGUGUGUGUAUAUAAAGCCACACGCAUAGCGUUAAACGUCAACAUUAUUGGUUGCAGGUGCAAUUGCAAUCACAGUUCCUUCUCCAGAGGCGAUCCGAAGCACAGCAAUCGAUCCUCUGAAACGAACCGAAGCUGCGAGGAAUUUGAGUUUCUGUGAUAGCACACGUUGGUUGCAUUCCGCCAUGGCUGCUCCGAGAGUAGCGUUCUUCGUCACCGCGAUUGCGCUGUUGUUUGUUAACUCGCAGCAAGACGAAUCUGUUCAAUUCACAUACUUAGGAGCUACAGGACCAGACCACUGGGGAAUUCUCAGCCCAAAUUUCUCAAUGUGCAACAAAGGAAAAUUGCAGUCACCAAUCAACAUCUUGACAUCACAGGUUGUGGUGAACAAAAACUUGAAGCCUUUGAUCAGAUCGUACGAAAUUACAAAUGUCACUUUGGUCAACAACAAAUUCAACGUUGGGGUGCGCUACCCUGAUCAUUCGGGAGGGCUAAUGGUGGAGGGGAAGAUGUACAAAUUGAUACAGAUGCAUUGGCAUGCUCCUUCUGAGCACAGAAUCAAUGGACGAAGGUUUGCUCCGAUCCUUCUGAACACAGAGACAUACAAAAUCAUCUAUGACUACGACUAUGACACCCAAUGGUGCAGGUUUGCUGCAGAGCUUCAUCUGGUGCACGUUGCUGGUGAUGGAAGUGUUUCUGUGAUAGCAAUUCUUUUCCGCUACGGCCACUCCGAUCCACUUCUUGCCAAAAUUCAAAACAAGCUGAAUGAACUUGCAUAUGAGAUGAGAAUCCACAAGGACAGCCCAAUAACAUUUGGGCCAUUUCACCCCUCAGAAGUGAGGAAAAGAUGCCACAAGUAUUACAGAUAUGUUGGCUCUUUCACCACGCCACCUUGCACACAAAAUGUCAUCUGGAACAUUCUUGCCAGGGUGAGAUCGAUAUCAAGAAAGCAAGUAGAGGCACUGAGGGCUCCACUGGACAUGAGAUGCAAGAACAACGCGAGGCCAUGUCAGCCAAUGAAUGGGCGACACGUAGAGAUGUACGAUGAGGAUGAGCCCAUUCCGCACGGGCAUUAAUUGCUUUCAAUCACCACGUGGCCAUCCAUAAUAAUAAGAUUCCAAUUAAUUAAUUGAGGGACUUCCACGCGAAGCCCGGUACGUAUACUCUCCCCUUUCUCUUGUUAUUAUAUAUGGACUAUGUACUUACUAAAUUAGCACUAUUCUUAUCGUUGCCUUUUCAAAAAUAAAAAAUAA